AUGUCUGUUCCAAACCAACGACGUUCUAUUAUUAUUAACCCUCCUCCACCAGAAUACAUAAAUCACAGAAAUGGUGGUUGUCAAACAAACCAACUUCAGUACUUAGAGAGGGUGGUCUUGAAAGCCCUGUGGAGACACAACUUUUCGUGGCCGUUUCUUCAGCCUGUAGAUGCAGCAGCACUGAAUCUUCCUGAUUACUACAGUAUUAUAAAGAAACCUAUGGACUUGAGCACCAUUAAAAAGCGUCUGGAACACAAUUAUUACACAAAAGCUGCAGAAUGUACUGAAGACUUUAAAACUAUGUUCUUUAACUGCUACAUAUAUAACAAGCCUGGUGAUGACAUUGUAUUUAUGGCCCAAGAACUAGAAAAAGUGUUUAUGCAGAAAAUAGCCCAAAUGCCACCAGAAGAAAAAAUACUGAUUCCCAACAAAGGAAAGAGAAAGCGAAAUAAGCUAGAAGAAACACAGCAGCCAAAUUCUGGGACUUCAAAUGAACAAACCACAACUCAGAAACAAGCUGAAAGCAGUGAGCAGCCUUCAGUGAUGACUCAAGAGCGACAUCAUGUUAAACUACCUCCUUUGGCUGCUGCUCAGCUGACUACUUUAAUGCCAACUGCAGUCCCUAAAACAGAAGCAAAAAAAGGUGUGAAAAGGAAGGCUGACACUACCACUCCUGCUACUUCAAUAUUCACAGCCAAGGGUAAAUUUUCUGUAACAUUUAAUGAAAGAAAAACUGAUGCAUGCAGAGGUGAAAAUGAAUGUAUGAUACCAAAUAAUCUUCCAACAGAUUCUCAGCAGUCACCUCAAAUUCUUAAAAAGACUCAGUUGUCAAAACAACUAAAACAUUGUAAGGAAAUACUUAAAGAAAUGUUUUCAAAGAAACAUGCAGCAUAUGCAUGGCCUUUCUUAAAACCUGUUGCAUCUUUCUCACUUCAUGAGAACCAAGGGAUCACCAAACAUCCUACAGACCUGGGAACCAUUAAAAAAAAAAUGGAUAAUUUUGAAUAUAGAGAUACACAAGAAUUUGCUAUGGAUGUUAGAUUAAUGUUCAUGAGAUGCUACAAACAUUAUCCUCCAGACCAUGAAAUGGUUGCUAUGGCAAGAAAAUUUCAGGAUGUUUUUGAGAUGCAAUUUGCAAAAAUUCCUGAUAAACCUGUUGCAAGUGUUCCUCUGCAACAGCCAACAAAAGAAGUUACAGAAUCUUAUUCCAGUGAGAGCAGUACUGAUGACUCCUCUGAAGAAAGAUCAUCUGAAGACACUGAACAGGAGAGAGCAAUGCACAUUGUCAAGCUUCAGGAGCAUCUUAAAGCUAUUCACCAGCACUUGCAGGCUUUAACCAGAGGAUGCUUACCUAGACUGAAAAAGAAAAAAGAGAAGACUAAAAGGGAGAAAAGUAAGAACAAGGAAAAAUCCAAAAUAAAAAGCCUGAUUCAAAAGAAGAAAAACCUAAAACACCAGAGGAAGUCUAAGAAAAAGCUGUCUUUAAACAUUCAAUCAAAGAAAACCAUGCAGCAGGUCUUGUUGGCAUGUAAGUCAGAAGAUGAAGAUGGUGCCAAGUCUAUGAAUUAUGAUGAAAAAAGACAGCUGAGUUUGGACAUAAAUAAACUCCCUGGAGAUAAGCUUCAGAAAGUUGUCCAUAUAAUACAGUCAAGAGAACCUUCACUGAGGAACUCUAACCCUAAUGAGAUAGAAAUAGAUUUUGAAACUUUAAAGGCUUCAACACUCAGACAACUACAGAAAUAUGUGGCAAUCUGUUUGAGGAAGAGACCAAGCAAGCAGCAGGAUAAAACACCAACAAAGUCAAAAGAAGAAGUUAUUUCUGAGAGGAAACAAGAGCUCCAGAAGAGACUACUGGAUGUCAAUGGUCAACAGAACCCUAAGAAGAAUCUCAAGUUUGAAAACAGUGUGAAGUCCACUACUAGACCAAGCAGACUGAGUGACAGCAGCAGCAGCUCCUCCAACUCUAGCAGCAGUUCUAGCAGUGGUUCUAGCUCCUCAGAUAGCAGUGACUCUGAAUCAGGUGUGAUCUCGGCUGUGUCUGCUCUGCAUGAUUCUCCAGACCAACAAAUGCCUCCAGGUAGUCCAAGGACAGAUCGGUCUUCUGUCACCCAGUGCACAAAUGCCCUUCCAGAGGUAUCCAACACAACUUCCCAGGUUGACAGUGCUGACUGCAGUAAACAAGAUGAGCAAACACUACAGCUAGAUGAGUCAAAUAUACUUCCAAACAAGGACAGUGAGAAAACUGAGUCAAUAUCCAUAAGUCAAGAUCAAAGUCAUUGUACACCUAGUGACGAACCUAAUGGCAAAAACACAGUGGAAUCAAAAUCCAAAAUUCUACAAAGAAAUGACACAAGAUGUAAGAAUAUAGAUUCCUGGGUGAGUUUAUGUAAAUCAAUUACACGUCCAGCUCCAAUAAAAGUAUCUGCUGAGAGCUUCAAAGAGUUCAGGGAAGCUGCAAUAAAGAAAAGGAGUGAGGAAGCCAAGAGAGAACUGCAGAAAAUUACUGAAGGAAAAGAGAGUGGCCAUGAAGGCACAGGUCUGGGUGCCAUGGCAGCAGCCGCCUGCGAGCCCCAGAAAGAGCAGAACAAACUGCCUGAAGCUCAAGAACCUACUCCUGUUCAAGACCAUAACUUGGCUAGAAAAAUGGAACAAGAACGCAGGAGGACAGAAGCAAUGUCUUGGACAAUUGAUAUAUAUCAGCAGAGUGACAUUAUGGCAGCUUUUGAAGAAUAUCUUCAGUAA